AUGUCGUCGUAUCACCCUCUUCAACCUCUGGUUCCACGAGACUACCCUCAAGUAGUCACUUCUUUAUCCUUUGAUCCUGUGUCGGACGCGUUAUGGGCUGGCCAUGCAUCAGGAACGGUGUGCAUGUAUCACGGACUGAUUCGCGUUCAGGGCGUAUCUUUUGUCGUCGGUCGAGGCACUCCUGUGCAAAAGCUCUUGCUUUCUGAUAACACAGUUACUGCGUGCUCAUCCUCUGGGAUCGGCGUCUGGGGAAAGGGAGGAGCCAACAAGUGGUAUCAUCAGGCCAGCCAGGGAAUCACCACUUUCGCGGAGCAUCCAUCAAAACCUCAUACGCUUGUUGCAUCUCAGCCUAAUUUCCAACUCCUCGUUCUCAACUCCAUGACGGGACUUGUCACUCGCACAGUGUCUGUUCCAGUAUUGCUUACCCCACUCCGAUCCUCGCAUUCACUGCUCCUUGCUGGGGGUCCUGAUGGGAAACUACGCACUUUCGACCUCAGGACCACUAUGCGUGAGCAUGAAGCAACUGAUUCUAUCCUUGCUCAUGUGGGCGGCAUUCAAGGACUCGAAGUAUGUGGAAAUUAUGCUGUCACUAUUGGUUGGGCGAUGAGACAAUCGAGGCCCCAUCCCGAUCCACUCGUGAAAGUCUUCGAUCUCCGUGCCCUAAAGCCCCUCCCCCCCGUGCAAUUUUCCGCCGGCCCCUCGUUCAUCAACGCACAUCCUCGAAGCACUAGCACAGUUAUGAUUGCAUCCUCACAGGGCCUGGUCCAUACUAUCGACAUCUCCAAACCCGGUUCGGGAGGCGAGUUUUCUCAGGUCGAUUCUAAUUCGUUUAUUUCGGCUGCUGCUGUCUCGCCAAAUGGGGCAUAUCUUGCCUUUGGAGAUGCAGAAGGCAGCAUCAAUUUGCUCACGUCGACUUCGACCGAUGACCAUGUGCCAUUUAACGGUUUUGACGGGAAGCGAGUAGAAUGGGCAGAUGUCCCCGCCCGUCUUCCCGAGAUCUCAUGGGACGAUCAUACCCCGCUGAAUAGCAUUGGCAUGCCCUACUAUGAAGCCGAGCUCCUGUCGAGUUUCAAGCCCCCUCUGCUCCCUGCAUCCAUGGCCAUGCCUCCUCCGCCAAAAAUCCCUCCACAAGUGCUGAACGCCGUCAAGGUCCAAGAUUUCCUUCAAUAUGCCAUACUACCGAAAGAGCUCAGAGGAAAGAGAAAUGUUGUUGAAGUCAAUCCACAGAAGCCAGAUGAAGGUCGGUUCAAGAGCGAGCAAUCUAAGAGAAUUGAUGAGUCACCAACUCCUGCAAGCUUCGCCUUCCCCGAAAUUCCGAAAGCGUAUCGCAAAGUAAACAUCCAGUAUUCGAAGUUUGGUGUGGAGGACUUCGACUUCGCCUCGUAUAACCAAACUUCACUGAGUGGACUAGAAACCGAUAUCCCGAAUUCCUAUUCUAACGCGUUGAUUCAACUGCUUCAUUAUUCUCUUCCGAUUCGUCGGCUGGCCAAAACUCACAUCACCACGUCUUGUCGGUUAGAAUACUGUCUAUUAUGUGAAUUUGGGUUUGUGGUGCGUAUGCUUGAGGAUGCACAGGGCAUUAAUUUGCAGGCUCGAAACUUCUGUAUCACCAUUGGCCGCAAACAAACCGCCCACUCAUUUGGUCUCAUCGAUCGAUCAACGGAGGGACAAAUCGUAGACUAUUCUAGGAUGAUCCAGCAAUUGAAUCGCUUUGUGCUUGAGGAAUUUGCAGUCGAAGAAAACACCUUACCGGGAAACCCUCAGUUAAUCCCGUCACGUUCUCAACAAGGGUCUGGCUCUGCUUUGCCCCUCAUAACCCAAGUUGUUGGUGUUGACGCUCCGACUCUGACCUCCUGUGCUCACUGCGGGCAACAACGAGAGAAAGAGUCAGUCUCGCAUGUCAUUGAUUUAUUGUACCCCAGAAAGGUAGACAAAUAUCUCACUUACCUUCCGGAGUUCACAUUCGGCGGUAUCGUUCGGAGCUCGUUGGAACGAGACAUCACAUACAAAUCAAACUGUCAGUAUUGCAAACACCUGGCGAAUCAUCGGUCUCGGCGUGCUCUCCAUCCCGAUCAUCUUCCACCAAUCCUUGCGCUUAAUGCGGCCGUUAAUAAUGAUGAGAAUCACAGUUUCUGGCUAAAGAAGAAAAGCCAAAUUUUCCUUUCGCCUGAAGUCGAACUACAGGCACCAGACAACAGCUCAAAUGCAUCUUUGGGAGAGCAAAAUAUUAAGUAUACAUUAAGGGGGUACAUCGCCGAGAUUCGGAUGGGAACAUCGAGUCACUUGGUCGCUCUGGUUCGAACGGGGGAGAUGGAGUCCUCGAGUUCGUGGUAUAUCUUUAACGACUUCAAUGUACAAAACAUCGCCGAGGCUGAAGCGCUCAGUUUUGACGGGAAGUGGAAGAUGCCAUGCGUGAUAUUCCUUGAAAGGCAAGACCUGAUAGAUACACUGGAUUACUCCCUACUACCCGAGAAGAUUGAUCCAGCGAUUCUUGGGCAAACUCUCAGCAUGGCUGCUCAAAUGGACUGGUCAGCUGCGAAGCAGGAAGUGCUUGAACCUCAUGAGCUACCGACCCCUGGAACAAUUAUCGCUAUUGACGCAGAAUUCGUCGCACUCCAGCAGGAAGAGUCCGAACUUCGCUCCGACGGAACUAAGAAGGUCUUGAAACCAUCCCAAAUGAGCCUAGCUCGUGUUUCAGUACUACGUGGAAGUGGUCCAAAGGAAGGAGUGCCCUUCAUGGAUGAUUAUAUCUAUACGAAUGAUGUGAUCAUUGACUAUCUUACCGAGUAUUCGGGAAUACAACCGGGAGAUUUGCAUCCCAACUUCUCAAGGCAGGUUCUUCUCCCGUUAAAGGUCGUCUACAAGAAGUUGCGAGUGUUGGUGGACAUGGGAUGCAUUUUCAUUGGCCACGGGUUAUCAAAAGACUUUCGAAUUAUCAACAUUUUUGUUCCUCCGGAAAGGGUCAUCGAUACUGUUGAUGUAUACUUUAUAAAAGAAAGACAUCGGCGGCUAUCGUUGCGCUUUCUGUCUUACUAUGUUUUGAAAGCGCAAAUUCAGAUCGACACCCACGACUCCAUAGAAGAUGCUCGGGCUGCAUUACUUCUCUACAACAAAUUCAGGGAACAUGAGGAUAGUGGCACAUUCGAUGACCUACUUCGCGAGAUCUACAGUGAAGGGAAAAAAUUAGUGCGUCCACUCUCUCCUACUCAUACUCUUCAGGUUUCUCACUCACUGGUGUUAGAACUGGAAAGUUCCAGAGCUUCCACCAGGAACACCCGAUGCACUACUCCAGCAAAUGCACCUUGUUGA